CACUUCAAAAAAUGAUAUCAAAUUGAUUCAAAAAUUUGGAUAUCUUUCUUGCCGAAUAAUUAGUGAAAACGCCCUGUUACUUUCAGAAAAAAUGACCGGAAAUCCUAUUAAUCCUAUCUAAAAACUGCCCCGGUCGUAUAUUUUCAUCAUUUCCUGCGGAUUAUCGAACAAAGAAUCAAAGAUGGGCCUGUUAACCGAUCCUACUACGGAGGAGAACACUAAAAAAACAUUCAUUGUCAAAUACCAUGGUAAACUAUGCCUAGUAAUGAUCCUUAGCUCAGUGGCAUGGUUGUGUUUUCUCGCUCAUGAUAAUUUUAGCGCCAGCACCUACUUCUCCGAAAAUGCUCUUUUACCCGGCUUAGUACAAGGAGAUUAUUCUGAGAAUUCGGAAGCUCAAACUGUACUGACUGAACUUCAAGCUGAAGCUGAAGCGAACCGGUAUUCCAUUCCGGCUGAUUUUCUAAUCCAUAAAUUUCAUCAGCUUUAUAUGGAAGCUUACGUACAAAAUUUCACGUUGAAUAAUCCUCUCAGAGAGAACGUGAAAUUCACCGGUAAAAAUGUGUAUGGAAUAUUACGAGCUCCUAGAAGCGCCAGUUUGGAAGCUUUAGUAUUAUCAGUUCCUUACAGACCUUUGGCGAGUGUUUAUCCUACUACACUACCUGGAUUAGCGUUGAUGUUCUCAUUGGCUAAAUAUUUUAGAAGACAAAAAUACUGGGCGAAGGAUAUCAUUUUCCUCAUCACCGAGCACGAACAAUUGGGAGUACAAGCAUGGUUAGAUGCUUACCAUGGUACUUCAUCAGGAGCCAAAGGUGUAGUUGAUCAAGGUGUUUUGGAAGAACACAGUGGGGCUAUUCAAGCAGCUUUGAAUUUGGAAAUUCACGCUGCGAGAAUUAGUCAUAUCGAUGUCAAAGUUGCAGGAUUAAAUGGUCAACUUCCUAAUCUUGAUCUCGUUAAUUUAGUACACAGAAUUUGUUCCAAAGAAGGCGUACGAAAUACGUUUUACAAUAAGGAUUCAAAAGCUGGAAUGAGAUACUCGACGUGGAAUCAUAAACUCAGAACUAUGCUGGAAAUGAUCGCCACCCAAGCUACUGGAGUUCCCGAUGGUAAUCAUGGAUUAUUUCAUAGAUUUGGAAUAGAAGCGGUUACUUUAGAAGGACAUGCUAAAGUAGGCAAAGGAGGGCAAACUUUUUACCAUAUGGGAAGAGUUCUCGAAGGAUUAUUCCGCAGCUUGAACAAUCUUUUGGAAAGAUUCCACCAGUCGUACUUUUUCUACCUUCUUCCUUCGACUGAUCGUUACAUAUCAAUCGGAUUAUACAUGCCCAGUUUAGUCCUAUUAGUCAGUGCUUUAUACUUGAAGUCAUUUGCAACUUGGCUAAAACUCCAUAUAAACGACGAUGGUAAAAAAAUAAGCAAAAAUUCGCUCAAAGCGGCAAAAAACCUUAACAUAAUGGUAGUCAGUGCAGUUGUACUAGGCACUCAUGUAGUCGGUGUGCUUACCAUAUCCAUCGCCAACUUUCUAGUCAAAAAGUUAACCUGGUCAUCCGAAACAUCGUUACUAUUCUCAUAUGUAACCACAUCUAUUUUAUUUGCGAUUAUAUUCGCUGCUUCUAUGAAAAGAUGCCAACCAAAUGAGAAUUGGAUUUUAUUAAAUGUGAUCUGUUUGACCGAGUUGGGAACUUUUUUACUAUGCAUUUCCAUGCAUAAUUUCUCAUUUGGUUUCGUAACAGCGUUAAUUUAUGUCUUACCUAGUCUUUGGAUAUCUGCCUCUAAUAACAGAUGGUACAAAAAAUUAGUCUGGUUGAUAUUUCACCCAUUAUUUAUAAUUUAUUGGAUUACCCUAGCAACAACUUGGUACAAUUUCGACGAGUUGACCGUAAUUGAAAUAUUAAUGAAAUCAUUCGAUGCUAUGAAGCAUUUGAUAGCUUUGAAUGUUACCGAUGCCAUGGUUUAUGGAAAUUGGACGUUUGUCGUUAUUAAUACCGUCUUGUUGCCAACAUGGCUGACUUUUUGGGCACUUUUGAAUGCUCCUUUCAAAGUCGUCAAAGACAAACGAGAGUGAUAUCAUAAUUUAAAAGACAAUUUUUGUAUUUUUUUUUAUGCUUGAAUUUUUUCAAACUUUCUGUAAAUAGCUUAAAUAAAUGAAGUGUUUUUUAAAAA